AUGGCAAGCGCAGGUCUGUACCGCAGAACCCUCCCUCCGCCUUCAAUCGAGUUCUCUUCGGCGGAAGGAAAGAGAAUCUUCACCGAAGCUCUUGCAAAGGGAACCAUGAACGGUUUCUUCAAGUUAAUUUCAUAUUAUCAGACUCAAUCAGAGCCCGCUUUCUGUGGUUUAGCCACUCUUUCUGUUGUCCUCAAUGCUCUUGCCAUUGAUCCCGGUCGAAAAUGGAAAGGUCCUUGGAGAUGGUUUGAUGAUACAAUGUUGGAUUGUUGUGAGCCUUUGGACAAGAUUAUGUCGCAAGGUAUUACGUUCGGAAAAGUUGCGUGUUUGGCUCGAUGUAAUGGAGCUAAAGUUGAAGCCUUUCGAUCGGAUCAGAGUAACGUUGAUGAUUUUCGCAACCGCGUGAUUUCGUGCUCUUCGCAGGAGGAUUGUCAUGUCAUUGUGUCUUACCUCAGGACUCCACUUAAUCAGACUGGAAGUGGGCAUUUUUCACCGCUUGGAGGAUAUCAUGCUGAAAGGGAUAUGGUCCUGAUAUUGGAUGUUGCUCGAUUCAAAUAUCCUCCUCACUGGGUUCCGCUAACCAUUCUUUGGAAUGCGUUGAAUACCAUUGAUCAAGAUACUGGACAACAUAGGGGGUACAUGAUUAUUUCAAGGCUUAACAGGGCACCAUCAAUACUUUAUACUGUGAGUUGUAGACAUGAAGGUUGGGGCAGUGUUGCCAAAUUUCUAACUGAAGACGUUCCUCUUCUUCUAAAAUCAGAGGAUCUAAAAGAAAUUCCAGAAGUGCUCUCUGUUGUAUAUAAAUCUCCUCCUGCUGAAUUGAGAGAGUUUAUCACAUGGAUUGCUGAGGUUCGCAGGCAAGAAGACGGGAAUCUCACAUUGAGCGAGGAGGAGAGAGGAAGGCUAGCAAUCAAGGUUUUGAUCUAUUUACUUUUCGAUUUGGGGAAAAUAAUUUCCCUUUUGAAUUUGGCAGAUGUACUGGAACAAAUUCGGUCAACCGCACUCUUUAAUCAUGUGAUCAAGUGGUUGGAUUCAGAAAGAUCAUGCUGUGAUACCAUUGCAAACCUUGGUGACAGAGAUACGUUGUCGGCGCUUGCAGCACGUGUUUGCUGCCAAGGGGCAGAUCUCUUGACUGGUUGUCGUUUGUCGGGCGGAAAUUGCUGUAGUAAAAUAGAUGUAAAGCAUCUGAAUGUUGAUAGUGAAAAUCCAGUAACGUUGAUUUCCGGAACCGUUACUACAACUGGAUACAAUAGUGAACAAGGAGUUGAUGUACUGGUCCCUUUGUGUCUAAGGAAGCCGAGUAGCUUGUGUCUCUGUAAUGAGGGCCAGUGCAUUGGAAUGCACCCAUCUACUGCUGAUGUCUUAACAGUGCUUUUAUUCGCCUUGCCCUUGCAUACUUGGUCUGGCAUUAAAGAAGAAAAGCUGCGUAUUGAAGUUGCGAGUCUUAUAACAACCGAAGAUCUCCCUCCCUUACUUUCUGAAGAGGUUUUGUUCUUGCGAGAGCAACUUCACUUUCUCAUGACGGAUAAUGGUGCUCCUUCUACCUGA